AUGAUUACCGAAGGCCAUGGUGAAAUAGCAUUACGGACAACAAAGAAGAGUUUAGCGAGGGGGUGUGGCCUUCGAUUUCAAGAUGACCCUGAAUUGGUAAAAUUGCCGACUGCAAAUAGUGGCAAGGGAAUCAGGAACAAUGGAACACGAUUAGCUGAGAUAAGGGGUAAAAAGGGUCUAACGGAAACAAGGAAGUUCUUGAAGGCUAGAGUAUUGUCGAGAGUAUUCUCAGAGGAUUACGAGAGAGUUAGAAAAAAAACACUAUUAGAUCCCCGGGGACAAACCAUUCACCGAUGGAACAAAAUUUUCUUGGUAGUAUGUCUAGUUUCUUUGUUUGUGGACCCUCUGUUCUUUUAUUUGCCAUUAGUUCGAGAUGAAGUGUGCAUUGAUAUUGGAACAGCACUUGAAGUUUUCCUCAUAAUGAUAAGAUCAAUGGCAGAUGUGUUUUACAUGAUUCAGAUUCUCAUGAAGUUUCGAACAGCUUAUGUUGCUCCUUCUUCUCGGGUAUUUGGGAGGGGAGAACUUGUCAUAGGCACUACCAAGAUAGCUACUAGGUACCUGAGAAAGGGUUUUGGUCUAGACUUCAUUGCUGCAUUGCCUCUUCCUCAGGUGUUAAUUUGGAUUGUGAUCCCCAAUCUCGGAGGUUCAACCAUGGCAAACACAAAGAAUGUGCUUCGCUUUAUCAUCAUUUUCCAAUAUUUACCAAGGUUGUUUCUGAUUUUUCCACUUUCAUCCCAAAUUGUAAAAGCUACGGGAGUUGUGACAGAAACAGCAUGGGCAGGGGUUGUUUACAACUUGGUUCUGUACAUGUUGGCUAGCCAUGUGAGUAUAUUGAAACUUGCAUUUCCUUGAUUGUUGCUCAAGCAAAUUCACCUUACCACUCCCACUGUAUAUGUGCCAGCCUUUUCCUUUUUAUUCUUUACAAUUUUCUUAACAUUUUUGUUGAGGAAAAUCU